ACUUAUCCUCAAGUGUUAGUAACAAGUUAGCCAUCACCACUUAGAAGUGCCAUAUUCUCCCACUUCUCUCACUCUCUCUCUCUCUCUCUCUCCCUCCUUAAGCUUUAACAACAAUCACUUGGAUUCAGCCAUGGCCAACUCACCAUCAAUGAAAUUAACUAGCGUCCAGGAGCUCGUGAAAGCAGCGCCCCCACUCUCAUCAAUCCCACUCCAAUUCCUCCAACAAACACAAACUGCACUUUCUGUUCCCACGCCGUCGGCGGCGGAGAUUCCCACCGUUGACUAUACGCUGUUGGCUUCACCGGGAAGCGGAGAAACGGAGCUCCAGAAGUUGCACUCCGCCUGCAAGGACUGGGGCAUCUUUCAGGUGGUGAACCAUGGGAUGAACCCUGAGGUGACGGAGAAGCUACGAGGCGAGAUCGAGGAAUUCUACGAGCUGCCGUUGGAAUGGAAAAUGAAGUACGGCGUGAGGGCCGGAGACGGUGAAGGUUACGGCGGAGGCAAGGCGAGAGCCAACGGGAUAAGGGAUUGGGGAGAUCGGCUUUAUAUGACUACUAACCCUAUCCAUCUUAGAAGGCCGCAUCUCUUACCAGAGCUCCCUCCAUCCUUAAGAGAUAACCUGGAAACAUACAUCCAAACCCUAAAAACCCUAGCGAGUGGGCUCCUCGGGUCGAUGGAAGAGGCACUGGAGAUGGAAGCAAACGAGAUGGCGGCGAAGAUGGACGACGGCCUGCAGUCGGUGGCGAUCAUAUACUACCCUCCUUGCCCGCAGCCGGAGCUGGUGCUGGGAUUCACCCCACACUCCGACGCCACCUGCAUCACCAUCCUCAGUCAAGUCAACGGCGUCGGAGGUUUGCAGGUCAAGACAAGAGCCGGCAGCUGGGUUCCGGUCAACAUCCUGCCCAACGCUCUUGUGGUCCUCGUUGGAGACAUCCUCGAGGUCUUUAGCAACGGAGUGUACGAGAGCGCGGAGCACAGGGUGAGCGUGAAUCCAGACAAGGAGCGGAUUUCAAUGGCUUUCUUCGUCAACCCGAAGCUGGAGGCCGACAUCGGACCCGCUGCUAGCCUCGUGACGAAGAACCCGCCCUGCAGAUUCAAAACCAUCUCCACGGAGCAAUAUUUCAACAACUUCUUCGGCCGUGUCCUGGACAGGAAGACCAAUUUGGAGGCUCUCAAGAUUGAUAAUUGACGCCGAUCGAUUGAUGAUCUCCGUCACGCAUAUAUAAUAUUGCUGGUUUUGUUUUGUGUGUAUUAUAUGAUAAGAGUGUGGGAAUAACCGAUCAAGUAAGCA